GAGAGCCGUAAAGCGUUGUGUUGUGAUGAGAGAGGUCAUUGGAAAGUGAGCACAGAGCUACCUGGGCUGGUUCGGGGGACAGAAAGAUACUUUGUUGCUACCAGCUAUUCCGGUACCGGAGUAGAUCCAGCGGAAUUUAAAAGGUCUUUAAGCGACUAAACUAACCGAGACGAAAUGCUUCGUCUCGUCCUGCGGCUGAGGAAUUGCUCAGCGAUUCCCCGGUGCCGUGGUGCCCUACCUGGGCCUGCCCUGAGCUCUCGCCCCUCUCCGGGACCUUGUCAUCUGAGGCUUUACCACGGGUUUGUCCGGUCAAGGGCUGUUUGCAAUGGAGGUAGUUUGAACACCGUGGUGUUCGCCAGCGGCACCCAGCGCUUCUACAGCCUACCACCGCACCAGAAGGUGGAGCUGCCUGCUCUGUCCCCCACCAUGCAGACUGGAACCAUCGCUCGCUGGGAGAAGAAGGAGGGAGACAAGAUCAAUGAGGGAGACCUUAUCGCUGAGGUGGAGACUGACAAGGCCACGGUGGGGUUUGAGCUGUUGGAGGACUGCUACCUGGCUAAGAUCCUGGUAGCUGAAGGAACUGGAGUUUCCGUGGGCUCUGUCAUCUGCAUCACUGUCGACAGUGCUGAUCUGAUCCCAGCCUUUAAGGACCUGACGUUGGACAAGCUGGCCGCUAGCUCCGCCCCUUCUGCGGCUGCCCCUCCCCCCCCCACUGCUGUCGCCCCUGGCAGCUCCCUACCACCCCACAUGAAGGUGUGUCUGCCAGCCCUGUCUCCUACUAUGACCAUGGGGACAGUGCAGCGCUGGGAGAAGAAGGUUGGAGAGAAACUCAGUGAAGGAGAUCUACUGGCGGAGAUAGAGACCGACAAGGCUACCAUCGGGUUUGAGGUGCAGGAGGAGGGUUACCUGGCGAAGAUCAUGGUGUCUGAGGGAACGCGUGACGUUCCUCUGGGCGCUCCUCUCUGCAUCAUCGUGGAGAAGGAGAGUGACAUCGCUGCCUUCAGCGACUAUGUAGAGGCAGCGGUGACUGAUGUCUCCCCCCCACCCCCUGCUCCUGCACCAGCACCGGUUGUAGCCCCCACUCCUGCAGCAGCUAGCCCAGCUCAUGUGGCCCCGCCAACCCCACGGAAAGGGCGUGUCUUCGCCAGUCCGCUAGCCAAGAAGCUCGCUGCAGAGAAGGGCAUUGACAUGGCCCAGGUCAGCGGCUCCGGUCCUGAUGGUAGAGUCACCAGGAAAGACAUUGAGACUUUCGUCCCCCCCACGGCUGCCCCUGCUGCUCCUGUUGCUGCAGCUCCUCCUUCCCCGGCUAGCCACGCCCCAACACCUGCCCCGGGUGUUGCCACGCCAACAGGCACCUUCACUGACGUUCCUAUCAGCAACAUCCGCAGGGUGAUAGCCCAGAGGUUGAUGCAGUCUAAACAGACCAUUCCCCACUACUACCUGUCUGUUGACGUCAACAUGGACCAAGUUCUGGGACUACGCACGGAGCUCAACGCUGAGGUAAAGGCCCAGAACAUCAAGCUGAGUGUGAAUGAUUUCAUCAUUAAAGCCAGCUCUCUGGCCUGCCUCAAGGUCCCGGAAGCUAACUCCCAAUGGCUCGACUCUGUCAUCCGACAGAACCAUGUGGUGGACGUGAGUGUGGCGGUGAGUACGCCCAACGGUCUGAUAACGCCCAUCGUGUUCAACGCCCACACCAAGGGACUGGCUGCUAUCAGCUCUGAUGUCUCCGCCCUGGCUGCCAAGGCCCGUGACGGGAAACUACAGCCGCACGAGUUCCAGGGAGGCACGUUUACCAUCUCUAACCUGGGAAUGUUUGGUGUCAAGAACUUCUCAGCCAUCAUUAACCCUCCCCAGGCCUGUAUACUGGCAGUAGGGGGCUCAGAGAAGAGACUGCUGCCCGCUGACAAUGAGAAAGGGUUUGACGUGGCCAGCAUGAUGUCGGUGACGUUAAGUUGUGACCAUCGCGUGGUGGACGGAGCAGUCGGAGCUCAGUGGCUCGCAGAGUUCAGGAAGUUCCUGGAGAAGCCUGUCACCAUGCUGCUCUGAUUGGAUAACACUGUGGUUGGCUGGAGCCGUCGCCAAGCUGAUUGGUGGAAACCGUUCAUCAUGUUUCUGUGAUUGGCUGGCCCACCACAAGGACACUCCCCCUCCCCCUUAAAGGGGUGAGGCAGGACUCACUCCCCUCAGAAUAUGACACUUUUCCCUCUUCCUCUGUCUCUCACCCUCCAUAACUGUUGACAUAGUUAUUGACAUAGUUACAGUUUAGCCCCGUGGCUGUGAUGUCACUACAACAUGUUGUUUAUAAAGGUAACUGUUACAGUUGGGAGAAGAUUGUGUUUAAAGUUUAAAAAAAAGAUGAGAUUGGAGCUAAGAGUACGUUAGCAAAGAGAGAGAGAGAGACACAGACAAACACACACACUAGCCCAGCCCCUCUGAUCAGCCUGCUAUGUAGAACCAGUAUAGUCACACGCUAGCCCAGCCCCUCUGAUCAGCCUGCUAUGUAGAACCAGUAUAGUCACACACUAGCCCAGCCCCUCUGAUCAGCCUGCUAUGUAGAACCAGUAUAGUCACACGCUAGCCCAGCCCCUCUGAUCAGCCUGCUAUGUAGAACCAGUAUAGUCACACACUAGCCCAGCCCCUCUGAUCAGCCUGCUAUGUAGAACCAGUAUAGUCACACGCUAGCCCAGACAUACCUCCAGGUAUGGAGCUGAGAACAGCUGAUCUAGCUUGUGAUGCUCUAUGAUCAGCUGAUCUAGCUUGUGAUGCUCUAUGAUCAGCUGAUCUAGCUUGUGAUGCUCUAUGAUCAGCUGAUCUAGCUUGUGAUGCUCUAUGAUCAGCUGAUCUAGCUUGUGAUGCUCUAUGAUCAGCUGAUCUAGCUUGUGAUGCUCUAUGAUCAGCUGAUCUAGCUUGUGAUGCUCUAUGAUCAGCUGAUCUAGCUUGUGAUGCUCUAUGAUCAGCUGAUCUAGCUUGUGAUGCUCUAUGAUAGGGGUCUCCAACAGGUCCAUCUACCAGUAGCUACCAGCCCACCUAUGAGUAGUUCAUCAAACAAUUCUGAAAGUACAUGCAAUUGUCAGUAUCAGACACAGAAAGCUCCCAACUACUAUCUAAACAACACAACGUUGACAUUAUCCCACCCCUGGUUAGCGACUAUUGGCUUCAAAAGCCAAACCUAACACAAUAUCUGGCAAUUAUUUUCCAACAAUAUUGCCUCUGUCUGUGUGGUGUGCAUGUUUUUCUAUCACUCAGUGUGUAGCCAGUUGAUAUGAUAACCGUCUUGUGGUUUUACAGAAAUACUUUCGCCAAAACCUUCUCAAUUAAAUGUUAACUGCAAAGUAGGCUUACCUGGCAGAAGCAUAUCAUGAGUAAGUACGUAAUUUGCAUCUGUUAUUUGUUAACUCUGCCAUGAACUGAGCAGCAGCAGUCCAGAACCAUCACUAGAUCAGCACAUGAGAUGGGACAUUCCUCACUCCCCAGAUUAACAAUUAAAGGGCCAGAUGCACACUUAAAGGGGAAUUACACCCCAAAAAGUCUAAAUUUGUUCGUUUUCUUCCAGAUUUAAGUAUUGACAUGGACUCAGAACAUCCAUUAUGACACCUCCACUGUGGGCCUCUAUAGGUCUUCUGAUGUGAUUUAAUGACAUGGAUUCAGAACAUCCAUUAUGACACCUCCACUGUGGGGCUCUAUAGGUCUUCUGAUGUGAUUUAAUGACAUGGACUCAGAACAUCCAUUAUGACACCUCCACUGUGGGGCUCUAUAGGUCUUCUGAUGUGAUUUAAUGACAUGGACUCAGAACAUCCAUUAUGACACCUCCACUGUGGGGCUCUAUAGGUCUUCUGAUGUGAUUUAAUGACAUGGACUCAGAACAUCCAUUAUGACACCUCCACUGUGGGGCUCUAUAGAUCUUCUGAUGUGAUUUAAUGACAUGGACUCAGAACAUCCAUUAUGACACCUCCACUGUGGGGCUCUAUAGGUCUUCUGAUGUGAUUUAAUGACAUGGACUCAGAACAUCCAUUAUGACACCUCCACUGUGGGGCUCUAUAGGUCUUCUGAUGUGAUUUAAUGACAUGGACUCAGAACAUCCAUUAUGACACCUCCACUGUGGGGCUCUAUAGGUCUUCUGAUGUGAUUUAAUGACAUGGACUCAAAACAUAAUGUCGUUGUUUCUCUAUGAACAAUUCUAACCAUCAUUUAGGAGAGAGAAAAAACAGAUUUUAUAGCCCCCCUUAGAGUUGUUUAUGAAUGAACUGUUAUUUGACCAGGUAUAUUGACAGAACACAGUUCACUACAUUCUGAGUAGCAGGAAAGAGCAGAAUGUGCCUACAGUGAGGAGGAGAAGUAUUUGAUCCGCUGAUGAUUGUGUACAUUUGCCCACUGACAAAGACAUGACCCGUCUAUAAUUUUAAUGGAAGGUUUAUUUGAACAGUGAGAGACAGAAUAACAACAACAGAAAUCCAGAAAAAACCCAUGUCAAAAAUGUUAUAAAUUGAUUUGCAUUUUAAUGGGGGGGGUCAAAUAGUUUUUUCCCUCACUGUAUUUGAAAGCUAGAAAGAAAUGAGUAGCUGAAGACAUUUCUAGCUCUUAUGCUAGAAAAGGUUGGAGACCCCUGCUCUAUGAUCAGCUAAUCUAGGAUGGGUGGAGUCUUAAUUUACAGAGUGGGAGGGGCUUUAUUUAUGACAUCACCCCCUGACUAAGCACUCGGCCAAUCCCCUUCUUCCCCUGGACAUGUUAUUAUUUUCUAACCUGUUAACAAACAUUCUGAACAGGAAACGUUGUGUAUUUACAUGACAUCAUCUGAAAACAAGUGAAACGCACAAAGAAGUGAAGCUGGAUGUACCGUUGCCAUGGGAAUUAUUGCUGAAUAAAUUGAGUCAAAAUGAGCUACUAUGGUGCUGUUGUGGAGAGUCCUAUAUUAAUAUAUAUAUAUUAAAGCUCUGUUAUAUGUUAUAUAUAUUAUACACUGAACAAAAAUAUAAAUGUGUUGAUCCCAUGUUUCAUGAGCUGAAAUAAAAGAUCCCAGAGAUGUUC